AUGUAUUAUAAUAUAAAAAUAAACGAGAAUUUAGUCCGGAAUGGCAAGCUUGUGAAACCUAUCAUUUUAUGGAAUCGCACCGCUAGUCUUGCCAAUACGCACAGUUCUCAAAUCGGCCACUCUGUUGUUGCCGAGGCGAUCAGUGAUGCUGUGUCCAAGUCGGAUAUGGUGUGGUCUUGCUUUGCUGAUGAGCCAGCGGUAAUGGGGAUUUUCGAUACAAUUCUCCAGGGCGAUAUCAAAGGGAAGCUGUUCGUAGAAUGUUCUACCAACAGCCCAGAAUCUACCAAUGAACUGGCUCAAAGAGUUAUUGAAGCCGGGGGAGAGUUUGUCGCUAUGCCCGGAGCUGCGGAAUCUGUACAAAGAGUAGUGCCUUACCUAGUAGGAGUCAUCGGCAGAUCAGUUGUUGACUUGAGCGACCAACCACCAGGAACGGCAUCCCAUGCAAAAUUGGUGGGAACAGUAAUGGUCAUUCAAAUGAUUGAGAGUGUCUCAGAAGCCCACGUGCUUGCUGGGAAGACCGAGCUACCGGCAGAAAGUCUCCACAAGGUUAUCAAUUCUGUCUUCGGCGGCUCCUUCAGCGUCUACUCCGAUAGUAUGACGUCGGGGAGUUAUUACCGAGAACCUGUGAUAAUUAUUAGAACUGCAACAACAGUCACGGAUCAUGUUAUGUCGAUUGCUAAACAAUCUGGGACGAAACUGGGCGCCUUCGAGGUGGCAUCUAGGCACAUGGAGAUGGUAGAGAAUUAUGCAGGAGCUAAAGGAGAUAUUGCUGGCAUUUAUGGAGAUGUUCGGGUUGAGAGUGGAUUGAAGUUUGAGAAUUAA